UCUAUAUUCAUCAAAAUAAUGAAUUUAUGUGCAGUAUACAUAUAUGGAAUAAUAUUCAUAUUAGUUGGAUAUGUGUAUUCCGCGGAUAAUAAUAAUGAUCAAACUAGUGAAUCUGGAAUAAAAUAUAUAGAUGAUGGAAGUGAUGAGCAAGGCGAAAAUUUUCAGGUAACUGAAAGAUCUAUGAAACCUGAAGGAUCUGAAGAUGUUGAGGAAGUAAAAUCAGCUACUCCUCAACCAACUAUAAAGAUACUACGUAGACCACCCCAACAAAUAACUCAACCGACUAAGGAUAAAAAAACAGAACCUGAACCUAUAUUAUAUUACGUGCCUCAAUCUUUACAAUCACCUCAAACUUAUCAGUUAGUAUCAAUUCCACCUAUUCAACCUCCACCAGCGCCAGUUCCAGGAAAACCUUCAAAAUAUUAUGUACUAUCAGAAAAAACAAAUAUGUAUGGAGAACAUAUACCAAUUCCUGUUAGUUAUUUGGAGUAUAUACCAGUAAAACAACCUGUAAUCUAUUUUAUACCAGUUGGUGUAGCCCCUCCGUACUCUCCACAUCAAUCACCUUUCGUUACUUAUCCAGUUUUAACAACACAACCAAGUUCUCGACGUGGUGAAUCUCAACAUCCAAACCUCGAACCUCCAACUCUUAAGCCAAAUGUAGCACCCGGGAAAUACAAACAUCAAGUUGAUGAACCUAGGGUUCCCAGAAAAACUAUACAAAUAUUGCGCAGGCCGUCUCGACCUCAUGAACAGACUAAAGAUUCUACAACUCCAGAACCGCCUAAAACAGAUCAAGUAUCUGGAGAACAACCUUCACAACCUAGUGAUCAAAAGCCUCAACCUUCAGGUGAACCAAGUGAACCAUUACAACCUGAACGUAUUCCAGUCGAACUAGGAUCUGAUGAGGAGGAGUCUGAAGAUGAAGGAGAUAAAGAAGGAGCAGCUGGUGGAGAUGGUGGUGAAGGAGAUGAGGAAGAGGAGAUAUCAUCUAAAACAGAAGAAAUAUGUAAAGAAAUUGUAUUAUUUAAAAAAGAUUCUGAUGGUAACAUAAUACCAAUGACAGAAAAUGAUUACAAAAAAAUAAUAAGUACUGAAUAUGAAAACAAUUAUGAAUUUCUGGCAAAUCUUGAGGAAGUAAAGUGUGAUGGCGAAAGUGUUUAUAGUCACAUUGAUGGUAAAUUUUAUCCAUUAUCUUUAACAUAUAAAAAACCUAAUAAUUCAUUUAUCAUUGCUUUUGAAGAUUCAUUUCUCCGUAUCAAGAGGCGUAAAGGUGAGUGGAUGACAAAAUCAAAGAAAUUUAAGAAACAUCUUAAAAUAUACAUAAAAGAUGAAAAGGGAAAUGAAGUUGAAGGUGGUGAAGAAGAUGAUUUUUAUAGAAUAACUUUUAAUAAAGCUAUUAAGUAUAAGUUCAAGCCAGGUAAAAAAUGUAAUAAAAUUGUGUUUGGAGAUAAAUUAAUUUGGGAAAAAACACCUAGUGAUGAUUAUCCCAUUGGAUUUUCUAUCAACGAUAGAUUGAAUGUUGUAGUUUUUUUCGAAAAAUACUUUAAAACAUUUGCAAAACGUAGUCAAGGAUAUAGACUAAAAUAUACCCAAGGCAAAUAAAGUAUAUGCAUUGACAUAAUACAUUCAAUUUAAUGUGCAUAC